UAUGACGUCACAACAUGUCCACCAUUCGAACCGUUCGUUGAGUAUAAAAAGUAACAAAAAUAAGACGACCAUCCGAUUCAUAAUCAAAAAGACUAGAUGGUAGUAACGCAUAGCCAAAUAUACGGUGAUUUAGUAAAGGGAUAGUAUUUAAAACAUAGAUGGUAUAGGAAUAAAUGAUAGGUAGUGACAAACUCGUUUCCUAGGGUGAUCACAUAAUGGUUUACAAUAUAAUGCGAAAAAAUUUCAUCACCAUACUAGACGGUGCUACGGCAACAAUGGUGAAACUGCUGUGUUUAUUGUUGGUGAUAUGUUCAGUACAAAGUCUGCAAUUGGACAGCCAGGCGUCCACACGGAGGCCGAGGGUCACGAAGUACAGCAAGACAACGGCUGCCCCUGGUGGGACCACGGAGCCAGCUACAGAGCGAAGUUUGAACACAGCUACGUACCGGCUCCAGGCGGGUGACGAGACCUGCAUACUGUUGACUGUGGAUGCGUUGUUAGACAUCUCCUAUGUUACUAAGCUUAAUGAACGAGCUGAUGCGAACACUUUUGUACCGAACAAUGCGAAUGUGGCAGGAAGAUGCAAGGAAGGAGAUGCCGAAACGUUGGUACUGUCGUUCAAGGAGUUCUCAUUAGAAUUUGCAUUUGCCAAGACACCUGGCGGUGAACGCUGGUAUGUGGAGAGUAUCAAACUGAGUUACAACUCGAGCGCCCGCAUCCUGGAGCACGCGGCGAAGCAGGGCCGCCGGGUGACCCUCACGACUGACGCACGCUCCCUGCUCUUCCCUACUCCGGUCGGCAAGUCGUACAGCUGCCCCGAGGAGACUGUUAUAGACCUGGCUGAAGAAGACGCCACCGCUAACUCCGGCCACCGUGCCAAGCUGUACCUUCGUCAGAUGCGACUCCAAGCCUUCAUGUACAAACGGGAUGGUGAGUUUGGUCCAGUUUGGCACUGCUCGGACUCAGCCCGGGCCAGGUCCGAAGCGGCACCGGUAGCGGUUGGUGCAGCAUUAGCCAUCGCCACAGCCGGGACUCUGGUGGGUUACGCCAUCUGGCGCUAUCUCAAGGUAAAGAAGGUACAAUACGAUACGAUGGAAUGAGGCCGGAACUAAUAAGUUUUGUUGCGUUAAUAACCGUUGACAGUUUGAAUAGUUUUUUCAUUAAGUUGCAAGCGAAAUUUUAGUCAUUAAAUUAAAUAUAAUUGUAGGUAUAUUAUGUUAAAUUUUAAUUUUUUAAGUUUUUACAGAAUCGCGAUAAAGCUACGGUUUAUUAUUUUUAAUUUUAAAUUAUAAGUAUUGUAGCUAUUCCUAUGUUGAAAAUGUUGGUAAAUAAAAAUAAAGCCUGACUAUAAAUAUAUUUAUUUUCGGGACUUAUAAUUUAUUUUAAAUAUAUUAUUCUUUUUUAUUUAUAUAUUUUUAAAAAUACCUAGGUACUUAUGAUCAAAGUAUAUCCUUUUUUUAUUUAGAUCAAAAUUUUUGAUUUGGAUAAUAUUGAAAAAAGGAACAUAACAGGUAAUAAAUAGCUAUAAAUUGAUAAAAGGGAAACUGGUCGAAUUAAAAAUUGGGUCUCUUAAAAAAAUAAGAAACGAACCAAGAAGCAGCAGUGAAAAAUUUUCCUCUUUUAUGGUCAGGCUUUAAAAAGAAAAUUUGAGGAAAUAAUACCGGUUUUCUGCGGUUUUCACAGAAGGCCCCUUCUGUGAUAAUAACUCAGUAACUGUGUUGGACGAUGACCAUUAUGGAGGAUUACCAUGGACUCCUGGAUGGUGUUUAGAUAAAUACUAUGGAAAACUGUUUCAAUGUUUAUUGAACUAUAAACUACGGGGUUUGUAACUCCCUAUAGUAAAGUUGCGCUACUAUUUUUUAAUCUAAACGUCAAAUGCAAAAGGAGUUUAUGCCAAGCCUCCAAUGGCAGCUCAUGUCUUUAGCUUAGAUAUUUAUAAUAAUUUUGAGUAAAAAACUUUAUCAUUUAUUUGUAACGAAUAAAAUGGUAGCGUCGAGUGUUAAGAAUUGUUAAAAUUAUUUAUCUUACUUAUAAAUUGUUUAUGGCGGCGGUAGUCACUUACCAUCAGGUGAGCCGCAUGCUCGUUUGCUCGAUGUGUUAUAAAAAAAAGAUUUAACACCAAAUGUAAAAAUUUCUAGUUCUUUUCUGUAUAGUUCACUUCAUCAGUAUUGCUGGAGAUUUCAGUCAGAUAUCAGGCAUUUCCAAACGUCUACUGUAAGUUAUAAAAAGGAAGCAAAAAAUCAAUAUAGAGUAUUGAAACUCGGUUAAAUAUUUAUAUCUAUAAGAAUGCUAUUCACAUGAACGCUAAAAAAUUUUUUUUAAACCAUCUAUGCAGUGAAAUAGGUUGGAGAGCCCUGCUUCAGUGAGAACAAAGGCUAUAGCAAAGGCCUGAGCAUACGCUGGUCAUUUUGUACGAGAACAAAAUAUUCCUUUGUUUAAACUGUCUACUUUUACAAUACGUGUGCAUUUAUAGCCCGUAUUUUUAAUAAUUUUAUUAUGACCAGACUAAAAUUUACGCUAAGGACUCUCCCUUAUUGAAUUUAAAAGGUUAGAAAGACCAAGAGAAUGUAAAGGAACAUUUUGUAUUAAUGUCUGCUUACUAAAUGUCUCUACUCUGUGUGACUUUUUUUUUAAUUUUAAUUAUUAUUAACACUCGUACGCGUCGAGGUCUCAGUCCGCGUAUAAUUAACCUAAAAUUAAUGUUAACUAGACAUAAGAGAACGCAUUAUUGGCUAUGCUAGUGAGAAAUGGAGCUAAAUGCCAAUAUAAUAAAAAAUAAUUUUUAAUAGAAUGGUGUAGACCAAAGUUGUUGAAAUUUAACGAAAAUUAAAUUAUCAAUAGGUACGACUAUCAAGUAAAGUGUUAAUAGAUUUUUAAUUAUUUUUAAUUUUUUCCGGGAAAUAGUUUCAGUGAUGUAGUGCUGUCUAAGUGUCGAUAUUUUACUCACGAUAUUUUAAUUUUUCACAUAAAAUUAUAACAAAUAUUAAUAUAAAAAAAAAUAUUUUAUAAAUCCAUUUCGAUAUACAAAAUGAAAUUAGAAAAUAUUUUUCUUUCUUUAAUAACGUUACGAACUUUACUAGGUUCUGUUCAAUUAUCGUUAUUCUAUACUUUUUUUAAGUAACCCUUUGUUGAGAAUUAUUAAUUAACUAAUGAAAAAUGUAAAGAGAAAACAAGAUAUUUAUUGAUGAGGAUGAACAAUCGAUAAGUAAAAAUAUAUUUACAUAAUACUUAUUAUAUCACAUUAUUCGCAUAUCGAGUUAAGAUGCGUGUAUUGUAAUUUGCAUGUGUUUCACAAUAAUACGCACUAAAUACAGAUAAAAAAUAAUUGUUUAAAUAAUGUUGUUGACGGUUGAAUAUGAUGUAAAAAAUGUAUUUAAUCCCCAUAUAACCCCAAAUACCCCAUAGGAUAGAGUAUUUUAUAUAUUUCCUCUUACUUGUAACAAGAAAAUUGGCUUACAGUUAUUCUAAAUAUCAAUCGUACAUAGAAAUGGAACGUAUUAAUUGUAGCGAGCGUAAGUCAAUUUGAGAAUGUGUAAAUGAAUAGAAUAUUAUAUAUCUUUAACGUACAUAUCAAAGGAUAAUAAUAUAUAAUUUACAAACAGUCAUUAAUAUAAUUAAAAAAAGAUUUAUUUGAGAUAGUUUGCAGUAUAGCAGACACUAUAUUGAUGAUUCGUUAAGUGUUGGUAGUUAAGGCAGCACACUAAGGUUUACGGAUUCGAUUCCCGUACCGUGAUAAAUGUUUGCGUGACAUACAAACGUUAAUCUCGAGUCUGGGUGUGGCGUUGUGCCAUCAUUGUUUCUGGUGGCCAUAUUGCAGACGGUCCUAUCUCGGGCCAGGACAAUGAGUGUGCGUGUGUUCGUGUUAUUUUAUUUUUUAUAUAUCGAGAUAUUACGUGUACAAGCAAUAAGUAUUUUUUAUUGGACGCCGUCGUAAGGACUAUUAUGGCUGAAUUUGAUGUUGUCUUGUGUGCAAAACUUGGCAAUUACUAGUGUUCUAGUGUACAUUAUUAUAUGAAUGCAUAAAAGAGAUUCCAUUAUAACAAUGCGUUUUAAUUUUACGAUUAUACUAACAUUGCAAUGUUCCUAUUUCUAUAGUCAUAGUUUUGGUGUUUAAAUUUAUUUGAUAAGCAAAGACAUAUUCUCUUUUUAAAACUACCUCUUAUAGCUUCCAAAUAUCGAUGUAUUUUAUACUACUGUUUAUAUGGAGUUUCCUGUACCUACGUAUAUUUUAUGAUUAUAUUAUAUACCUAUUAUUUAUAUUUAAAUAUCUGUGAAUUACUUAUUUUGAGUAAUUUUAUCAAUAAAUAUUUAUUUGAAAGCAUGCUAUCCUAAUGAACCUACAGUGUAUAUGUCACUAAAAUAAAUUUUAAUAAGAAUCUUCCACUAAAUUUAGGUUAUUUUUGGGACAUUUGUUUAAUCCAAUUUUACUGCAAAUUUUAAUUAUAAUUAAAUCUUAUAGUUCAUAUAAUUAACAGUAAAUAUAUCAUUACACAGUAUAAAACAAAGUCGUCCCGCUAUCUGUCUGUCCCUAUAUAUGCUUAUACCUUUAAAAUUACGCAAUGCAAUGAUUUUAAUGCAUUUUUUUUAAAUAGAUAGAGUGAUUCAAGAGGUAGGUUAAUAUGUGUAUUGUAUUCUGUAAUAUAUUUAGUAUCAGCAUUGUACCUGAGUGAAGCAGGUCGGGUCGCUACACUAGUAUCCAAGUUUUGCUAGUUAGGGUGCGUUGUGUGUUUACGCUUUCAAAUUAAGAGUGGAGAGGCUUUCUAUUUGUUUAUUACGUAUCUAAUACUCAUCAAUUACUAAACAUAUCGUUUUUCAUAUAAUAUAAGUUGUAAAAUGCGUUUGUGAUCAUUGUUGUGUAAGUUUGUAUCUUGUUUGUAUGAAGUUAGAGUUGGAUUUAGGUUAAGUUAGUAUUAUAGUCUCCCAUCUAUGCUCGCUUCAAGCUGUACAUAACGAACGCUUUUGUUUUGGCCGACUAAUACGUGAUAAAAGCUGUCAGCGGCUUGAUUUUUAUAUAUGUACUUGGAUUUUUCGAUAUAUUUAUACAUACGAUGACAUAUAGCACAUUCUUGAUGUAAAUAUUUGUCUACGUAAGCCACUUUUCGGAUUUUGAAAAACAAAUCUAGCGCACUAUUGUUUCGAUCUCUAAAUUCUUGUAAUUGUAAAUUCAUUUUUUCAUAUUUCAAAAACUUUUUCUACUAGUUGAGAAUAUACUUCUAUUUUCCUAAUGUUUUGUAUUGUACUCCCGUAGUUUUUGCCCUUCAAUAGUUUUUUAGCAUAAAGUGCAUAUGUCGGUGCAUUUGUAUUUAAAGUAUAUUAUUGUACUAAAAUUAUUAUAUGCCAUACGAUUCGUCUUCCAGUAACAUUCUUAUAACAAUAGAAUUAAAGUAUUGUAGCUUAUUAUGAUAUACAUAAUUAUGGAGAAAAAUGGUGAUGUUAUGGCAUUAUUAUUAUAUGUUAAGGUUAAACAUAAUGACAGGUCAAGGAUGCAGCCGAAAAGAGAUGCUUAUUUAAUUUAUAAGGUAAUAAACAAUAUAGUUUUAGUUAUUAUAUACAAAAUUUAAUCAAAAUAAAUAGAUAAUAUAUUUAAAUGAUUUAAUUUGUUUUAAAAUUUCCAGAAAGAGCAUUCUUUUCUUAUUACACAAUAUUGUAACAGAAAUUAUUUAUUUAUAAUAGAAAAUUAUUAUUUUUUAAUCGUAACGAUUAAGGUAAAUUGUGUUCUGUAAUUAUCUUUAAAAAUAAACCCUUAUAUAAUAACUUAUUGAUAGAUAGUAUUGUUUUCGAUAAAGAGCAAUAGAUUAAAUAAAUCUGUAGAUAGUAUAAAAAAGAAGGUACCAUAUCAUUUUUUAUCCCAAAGUUUUAUUGUUAGAACACGGAAAACUGAAAAUUAAUGAUAAGUUUUUAUUUAUAUUUGAAUUAUUUUGUCAUUAUAAUGUUAAAAUUAUAAUGACAAAAUAGUUUGUAAUUAUGAGAUAAUGGAAUGAAAAUGUACCUAAUCCAAAAGUGUGAAAUAUGUAAAAACAAAAAUAUUGUCUAUCAAUAAAUUACUUAUCCAAAUCAUUCUAAGAUUUUUUGUUUUUCGUAAAAUAAGUGAAUCUAAUAAACUGUAAACACCAAUUGAUAUAAAAUCUCUAGUAACGACAUAACAAUCACCAUUGUUAUUAUCUAAGAAACGUAUCUCAAAUUAUUGUAAUUUAGUGCGUUCAUUUAUUGAAAUUGUCUUUAUGAAUAAAUGACGUCAAAAAUGAA